AUGGGAACUUGCGCUAGUAAAAAAAGCUCAGGAAAACUUCAAAGAAGUGUUGCUUAGAAACACAUAGAGAUCGAUUUCGAAAAGCUAAUGAAAUAUAACAAAGAGAAGGAAGCUAAGGAGGGUAAAGAACAUCUUCAGCAAUAAUAAUCAUUUUGUCAAAUAUUUCUUCAAGAAAACAAAUAGAAUGCCCCAUAUUCUUUAACCUAAAAUUUGGGACCAUCCACAUAAUUAGAAUACAAAAGAUAGUGA